UUUCAGCAUGCAAAACAAUAAUCAAUCUAAGGCACUUAUAAAAUAAGUGAAAAAAAUGUAAAAGCCUUUAUUAACAUGGCUAUUAUAAAAAAUAAAAUAAAAAAACUAAUGUGCAACUGUUUGUAAUCAUGUGCAAACAUCCCAAAAAUGCAUAUUUAAUAAUGCUUAAAGGCAUUUAAAAUAAAAGGCAAGAUACAGUUAUUUCCCAUGUAUCAUGAUUUCACUGUUUUGCUGUAAGCAGGCUGGAGAGAGAGACUAAAGAUUUGUUGUGAGGACAUUCAUUCCAGCGAUGAGCAUGAGUGUAACAGAGCCCCGCCCUUCACCACGCAGACUAACAUUGAUUCAGCAAGGUCCUCCAAAGCUCUUCCGUCUACACACAGAAAGAAAAAUACUUGAUGAAAAUGGGAAAGUCCGAAAAUGGACUUUUGAAAAAAAAGAUGUCACUAGGCAAAGCAAAAUCAUCCUGCUGGUGGGAGAGACUGGCGCUGGUAAGACCACCAUCAUCAACACCAUGGUUAACUACUUGCUGGGAGUGACAUUUGAGGAAGAAACGUGGUAUGAAAUCACUGAAGAAGAAGUCAGAGAUCAGUCAGAGUCCCAAACCUCUGAAAUCACCAUGUAUGAGGUCUUUCCUGUAGAGAGUGCCAUUUCUCUCACCAUCAUUGAUACUCCAGGUUACGGAGACACUAGAGGACUGGAGAAAGAUCUGGAAGUUGCAGAGAAUUUAUCUGCUCUGUUUCAGAGCAGUGAUGGAGUUCGAGAAAUCGAUGCUGUGUGUUUUGUGAUUCAAGCAUCUAAGAAUCGUCUCUCAGACAGACAACACUACAUUAUCAGCUCAAUUCUGUCUCUGUUUGGGAAAGACAUUGUGAACAACAUUGUGUUUUUAAUCACACACUCUGAUGGUAUGCAUCCUAAAAAUGUCCUCGGUGCCAUUAAUAAAGCUAAAAUCCCCUGCAGACGAGAAAGAAAUGGUGAACCUGUUCAUUUCCUGUUCAACAAUCGUCAAGGUGAUGCUCGUCAAACUAAAGAACGUUACAUUCGUGCUCAAAGAGAUGCCUGGGAAGACAGUAUGGAUGGUAUAAAACUAUUUCUUCGGUCUCUGGAUGAAAAGAACAGAAGAAGUUUAGAGUUGACUUCAUAUGUCCUGAAUGAGCGCAUUCAGUUAGAAGCAUCUAUUUGCAACUUGCAGCAGAGAAUCCAGGAGAAAGAGCUGAAAAAGUCUGAGAAACUUCAGAUUCAGGAGGCAAUGACACAGAACAAGGACAAGAUUGAACAAUGUAGAAACUUCCCCAUUAAAGUCAAAAAGACAGUCAAAACAAAGGUGCCCAUUGAGAAUGCAUCAUGGAAGAACAGAAAGGCGACGACCUGCACGGUCUGUGAGGAGAACUGCCAUGAGUUUGACUGCUGGUGGGUUUCCAGUCCCAAAAAAUGUGAAGUCAUGAGAAACGACUACUGCACAGUGUGCACAGGGAAGUGCCACUACAGCAAACACGUCAAAGAGAACAAGAAAUAUGUAAUCAGCACUUCAAACUAUGUCUUAGAGUUUGAUGAAUUUACAAAGGAAUAUAAAAAAGUCCAAGACCAGACAAAGAGAUUUUCAGUUAUAAUGGAUAAUCUUGACAAAGAUCUACGGGACAUUGAUGACCAAAAAUUAAUUCUACUAUUUAAUGCUUACAAGACCAUCAAGCAUCUGUCUCAGUUCGCACUAAAACCAGACUCCGCCUCAACCCUCCAGCAUCUGGACUUCUUCAUUUCCAGAGUCAGGGAAGCUGGGAAGGCAGACUGGGUUCGAGAACUGGAGGAGAUGAGAAGAAUCGCAGUGGCUGAAGAAGCCAAUAAAGACGCUCUGAGUUACCUAAAAGCUGGACUGGCUAAAUCGUCAUCAAUGGGAAAUAAACAAACACAGUCAAGUCAACAAAUAAAAUAGUGGAAAGGAGGCUGCCUACAGUGAGAAUGCAGGUGGUAUUCUCUAAUACUGUAAUCUGCUUCAACAUUAAUUUAAACAGUAAUACACUUCAGUAAAAUCUGCUUAUAAAGUACUAGAAUGAAUAAAUUAAUAUAGGGGUAAUUGAUGAUUGAUUAAACAAACGUGUGCAUCUAUAAACAUGAAACUGUUUAA